AUGAUCUCAUCAAAGCACGAUCGUAUCCGUGGAACUAUCCUGGGUGGUGCUCUCGGCGAUGCUGUAGGUCUCUUUACAGAGUUUAUGAGCAGAAGAGAAGCAACUUCGAUCUAUGGACCAAAUCCAAAGUUCAAACUCAAGCCCCCAGUGCCAGAAGGAUUCCAAGGGGUUCACCUCGAUUACCACCGUACUCUAUUCGAUCGUGGAGACUUUACAGACGACACAGACCUCUCACUACUGACUCUCAUGUCCUUUCUCAAUAAAGGUGGCCCAACAGACGCUGGAAUAGACGCCCUCGAUUAUGCCCAGCGUCUACGCAACUGGGUGAGCUACGGUUUCGUACCCCUCGGAAAGCUACCAGUCGACAUUGGGAAUACGAUCAGAACGGUUGCGAAUAGUCCAAACUAUGUCAAUGCACCAGUCGAGAUAGCAAAGUCAGUAUGGGAAUCUGGUGGUAAACGGAAUGCUGCGAAUGGUGCUGUAAUGCGUAUUCCCAUCGUUGGAGCCCUCCUCUUCAACGACGAGAAGAGACUUUACUCCUCUGCAAUCAAUCUGGCUUCAACCACCCAUGCUGACCCAAGGUGCUUGGUUUCCUGCACUAUCAUGGUAGGGUUGAUUGCUGCCCUGAUCCGGGGCGAAGUCCACAAUGACGAGGACAUUCGAGUCAUCGUUCAGCGUGGCAUUGACGUGUUGGAAUCCCACGAUACACCACUGGAGAAGAAACACAAGGAUGAACUAAAUAAACUUAUAUGGCAAGACUCGCUCGCAGACCUACGGCUGGGCGACAGGAUGGCGAUGGGAUACACGUACAAGUGCCUUGCGUCUGCAAUUUGGGCACUUCGUCAAGCCCUUGAGCUAGCAGGCGCAUCGAAGGAGCAGGAUCUGCAAAACCUUGGCUCCCUCGUUUAUCAAAAGCUCAUUACCGACAUCACGAUGGCAGGCGGGGAUAGCGAUACCAAUGCAGCAGUCGCAGGCUCUGCACUUGGAGCUUUUUUUGGACACUCCAAUCUCCAUAAACCUUGGCUUGACGAUCUCCGAAAUGCAGACUGGCUGCUGUCGAAAGCUGAUGCUGCUGCAUACCUCAUUCUAGGCGAAGGGGAUCAUUAUGACCCCUUGUCCGACAUGGACACGCGCAUAGAAGCGGAAACCAGGUAG